AUGACGCGGAAGGCAGCUCAUCGUCAGGAGCCUGCCGAUUUGGCGAACUGUACGGAACGCGUAUACGAUCUCCUGAGCAUAGCAAGCGGUGCGGAAGGCAGUAGCGGAAGCGACGCACGUCUAGCAGCCGCCAUCCUUAGCGUGGAGAAUGGCAGAGAGUGUGCUUCAGACAGCCCAUUGGAGGCGACCCUAUACGUAUUCCAAUACGAACAUGAGGGCAGCUUGGCUAAGUGGUGGACGUCGCGCCGCGAUCCGCGCAUCAUCGGGGCAGAUGGCGGAUCUGCACGUCUGAGGAAAGCUAAAUGCGCCGCUCCGGAGGGUGUACGUGCGCUCAAGCACAAGGCACACGUCACCAACGCUAAUUGGAACCGAGGAUGUGCAUCUCGUGGGUACGAACUGCUGGUAUCAAUAACAAGGGAUAUGAUCGCCUAUGUCUGGCGCAUUGGAGCAUCGAAGGCAGAUUGUGAUCUCAUUUUCCAGGUAGACAUCGGAGAGAACGUUUUCGGCCCAUCGGCAUCAGCGUUUUGGGUGGAUAUGACUUCAAUAGGCGUCGAUUCUAUCUUCACUGGCCAGGAAUUUAUCAUCUUCCACGAAGUAACGGAUGGCACGAGCCGGACGAAGGAAGUGGAUAAUGGGGGACCCUGCCACGCAGAAUCAAUCAAGUCUAGUGGUGUGCAAUCGAAGUCGGAACACGCUGGCAGAUGUUCUGGAGGUGAUUGCAGCGUCCAUAAGCAACAUUUUAAAAUAUUAGCGUUACAGGGGAUCCAUUCGCCCAGCGGCAAUGUAAACGGCGAAUUCCUUAUAAGCCACCAGGACAUUGCACUGCCGGUAGUUGUUCAAAACAUCCAAUGUGUCCAACUGUGCAAACACACGCUGCAAACGGGCUUAAUAACUCUAUACUCGCCAGACACCAUGCGACCGACGAAAGUUCAUCCGGCGAAUGGCUUCCAGGCAAGCCGAUGGAUGACCUUAGUAUCGCGCAGCAUAAAUGGAGAACCAUGUGAGGAAGUUGUGGAAGGCAUGCUUGGAAAUCAAAUAGCUAUUGCGCUGCACAAGUUCCUGCCGCCUUGCACAAUCAAAGGCGUCAGCGACCUUGGACUCCCAGUCGAGUUGCUGAUAGCGCCCGGCGAUAUUUUCCUCAAAGAUUGUAGUAUGCAAGGGACUGACAAUGUGAUCGGGCUCGUGGUGCGCUACCUUUGUCGUGCUUACUCCCCUCUCUUCAUCCCUCGCAUGGCUGCAUUGGACGAUAUAUCUUCCAACGUAAAUAUGGAGGAAGCAAUUCUGAGCAAGCUAAAUGCACAUGUGGAUGUUGUGGAAGCGGAAUCGAUAUCUGAUCCCGGGCACUUUCUUGCCCUGGUGUUGCACAGGAAUGGAAGCGUUGGGUUGUGUCGUGCAUCUCACACAAAUCACGCCCUUAUAUCCUACAACAAAUUGCAGAUACCAAAAGUUGCGCAUGUUAACGCCAUGAAGGUGCUGAAGCACAAUGAUCGUGUGCUUGUCGCGAUGUUCCUUGUAGAUUCUGUAGGCGUUACUCGCUGCAGCAUCUACUGCUGGAAUGCGUGUAAACUGACUCUGGAUGCAUCGUGGCCGUUCCAGCUGGCUCCAGACAAGGAAAAACUCAUAAUGGAGUUUGGUGUAUGGUACGAAGGAGGUCCAUUAUAUCUCAUGACUCGAUGUCUACUUGCGGGCAGCAAUGCAACCUCCGACAACGCCGUUCACAUAUACCUCAUCAAAGGUGCUGACAUCUUGCACCUGUCUGCCAUUGCAGAUAAUGAGAUACGGGAUCUAUUCACUGGUAUAGUGAGGAAACUUCCGUUGGAGGUACGGGGGGCUCGAUACAGCCUACGCGGUGGUACGCUUAUCUGCAGCUCGCAAGCACAGAGUACGAUUACCCUCAGGCUGUCUACAGGGGCCAAGGUGGAUGGAGACUCGCUUGUUAUUUAUCAUCCGCGCUAUAUAAAAGCGUUUGUUGAUAUUGGGCUUCGCAGGUUCGUAGAUGAGUUAGUUUGCGGCCUCGUCGAGGUAUGCCGUAACUUCCUUGUGAAACUGGCAGAAGACAACGCUUGUGGAUCGACUAAUACGCUGCACCACCCUUGUGAUUGCCUCACUACCAAAGUCAAACAUGUGCAAAUGUUCACCGAUUUUGAUCGAACUACAUCGUUGCGGCUGCUGCAAACAUUUUCAGUUCUUGUCAACGUAGACCCCGCCAAUCUUGGUGUUGAAGUUGGUGUUAACAUUCCAUCCGUUGACAUCACUGAGGGAGUUGCAGCAAAAGAGCUACUUUUGUAUUUAGAGCACAUGAGGUUACCAGGGUUGAUUUGGCAGGAUCAGCUUGAGCUCAUGCAACUUAUAGAGACGCAGUUCCAGAAUUCCGGCGCAGCGAAAUUUAUCGGUAACCACGCAUCGCAUCAGAAACCUAUAAGCAGAAUGGAUACCCUUAGCAACUUCUUGCUCAUGAAUGAAGCAAAGAGGUAUGAAGACUUCAAUAUUGACGAAAGCAUAGACUUUAGUUUGACCUCUGAUGACGAAAAAGACGAGGAUCCGUGUGAUGGUGAUCGGUCUGUGUCUUGCCCGCUUAUACGAAAGGCACAGCACCUGCUGCAAUCUGGCAAGGAAAAGGAGAAGGUGCAAAUGUGGCGGACGAACGACGAGCUUGCAAGCCUAACGUGUCCGUCGAAGAUCCUGACGGAUGAUUUCUGCAUCGGCAGAUGUGUCGAUUAUGUCAAGUAUGGAUCUGAUGACGAGGACCAUUUGGUAUGGGCCAUCCUCUUCAAAGACGAUCAUCAUCUUUUUUCAAAUAUGAUUGCUCUGUUAGACAGUGGAGACGAUCAGGAAUUGUGUAACUAUCUGCUGCAGCACAUGAAAAGUUUUGGUAUAGGAUAUUGGGUACGAACUCCAACUUGUAUAGAACAGUUCUGUUCAACCCUGGAACGCGGCUUCCGCAAACUCAUCUCCGUCACAGAUACCGGAUCGAGCGUUGAUAAGUUUGACGAUUUCGGGUUCUGGUCCAUCCUGCGCGGCAAGCCGCUGGUGUAUGGGUGUGUUCUUAAGGCCAAGGGAUUCCAGAAGUUGGGGGAGUUCCUCUCUAACAACUUUUCGGACGAGAAGUGGAAGCAGGCUGCUGUAAAGAAUGCUUACGCACUUAUUGCACAGAAACGUUACCUUUUGGCUGCGGGAUUUUUCUUGUUAGCGGACAGGGUCGGCGACGCUGUCAAUGUGUGCUUCCAAUAUAUGGACAAUGCCCAGCUCGCCUGCCUAAUAUGUAAGAUACGUCAACAUGACAUCGAGGAUGCAUUACGCUUAAUGAAGCCUUCGAAAGUGAAAGAUAUUCUGCAAUGCAACAUGAGUUCCGAUUGCGUCAUAAAUGUAGAUGUGAACACGGUAAACGACCUGGUGUACUACCUGUACACAGGCAUACGUUUUAAACAUAUUAGUGAGGACGUCAUGCGGGACACCAUCAUCCGUUGCGCUGAUGGUUACAUAGAUAUGGGGAUGCCCCUGAUGGGCAUCCUUAUAAACUCGCUCAACGUAACUGAUGGCCCUAACAUCUGGAAACCACUGGUUGUGCAAUCUAACAUGCAGCACCUUGUGAAGAAUGACCUUGAUAACUGCUCGCUUUAUCAGGAUUGCGUACAAACCAUGCUGCGCCUUUGUGAGGAGAACAUAAAUAACGGCGAUAAGGGUGUCUCAAAUAACGGAAGUGAAAUCGACAAUUCAAGUGCGAUGGAUGCAUCGAGCGCUGCCAACGGCCCAGCCAACAAACAUUCUGAUCAAUCGCCCUUGUCAUCGGAAUCAAAUAGAGAUUGCGAUUUGGAACUGUAUCAGGAUGGGUUCUAUUUGUAUCUCAUACACUUACUCAAUAACCUAAAAGGCUUGUACGGUCUAGAGCUGACUGUGGGAUCUGUUAGUGGCAAGGCAUCCCUUAAUCGCAAUACGUUCGAGACGGUACAGCACCUCCCGGAUUAUUUUUCUCACCUGUGCAAAAUGUGUAUCGCAUUCUUCGAGGGGGACGCUGCCAUUGAUGGCACGUUCAUGUUGGCGCUUAUGUUACGCGCCAUAAUGGAAGGCAGGGACAGCUUCUCGUCAUGUAUAAUACUGUCAGUCGCAUCACUGCUUUCCAUCACCUGUUUUGAUCGUGGGGUGAAUGGGCAGAUAUACCGUGCAUUCAUGGGUCAAUUGGUAGUGCUUAAUAACCUAUUGAACAACCAGGGUUCUGGGGAUCAAUUUCUCGCGUGCUUGCUGCGAACAAUCGAACCCCUGUGUUUCGGUACCCCGGGUAAGACGCUUGAACCGCAGCUAAUAAACGUUCUACAUUCAAUCGAGACGCCACCAAAACACGCAUUCUUCGGCAUAUGCCUAGGAACAGCGGUGUUGGAGACUCUCAUGGGUAUAUGUCGCAGCUGGUUUUAUAAGUUUGCGGAGCACGCCGAAUCCGCUGAACAAGCAUUGAUGGACCGUCUGUUAUAUUCGGCAUCCAAGUUUCUCUUCUAUAAUGUCAAAAGUGAAGUGGUGGAGGACGCGCUAAACUCCACAGGUAUAGUAUUUCCUAUGCUGUCCCUGCGCAUAGACCUCGAGAAACCCGUGGACUGCAAAGUAAAAGACGCAGAGUGCCAUGUGUAUGAUUCGUUCCUGGAACAAUACGUAGCGUCUGUAUACGGAACGGAAUUUGAAAAGCUGUGGAGGCUGCUACACUGCGGAUUCCGUACUGCUAGUAUUUUCAACCGGCACAUGCAUCCCACCUAUAAAAACGGAUACAGGAGCAAAGGAACCUGUUGUCGUGUAACUGAAAUGGGAGAGCAACCGCAGGCUAUGACUACGGAGUCCAAGGCGUUACCCUUGGUAAUGCCAAUGACCGCCAUGUUCGCACCUCCGCAGGCAUGGAGUCAGGAGCGUGUGGCUGCUGAAGCUAAAUUAAAAGAACGAAAUAAGGGCGACCGCAAAAACACUUGCGAAGGUGAAGUUACAAUCUUUAAAGUCCUGCGAAUGUUGCGGUUCAAGACUUUGCACGCGUUUAAGGGAAGGCUUGCUUCACCGUCUUAUGCAAUGCCAAGCACUACAAUAUGCGAAGGCGCUAAAGGGCUUACGGCAAAGGCUAUAGUAGGUCCGGUGAUCAGUGACCUGCAUAUGAUGGCUAUGCUAAACUUGCGCGGACCCUGCACGCUAUCCGCGUUGCCUGACGAGUUGUCGCAAGGUGCACUAAGCGAGAUAUUUGAGGCAGUGAACAAAUCAAAGCCUAUGCCACUGCACUAUUCUCUAUACGUAAAGUUGAUGCGAAUCAUGACCAUGUACAGCAAAAACCGUCUCGAGAAAAAGUAUGCCGUUAAGGUGUCUAAGUUCGCCGCUUUAGCCGAGAAAUUCCACAAAUGCUUUAAUGCGCGCAACAACUCUAAAGACCCAUCUCUAGGAGGGCCUUCUGGAGGUAUAUGUGGGCACCCAUUCUGGCCUAUAUACGCGGUUGUAUAUGGUGAGAAUCCUCCGAAACAUAUGCCGGCUUACAACGUAUCCUUGCAGCACCCCGUGACGCUCAUGAGGACUGCGAAUACAGGCUUGGACAGUGCGGGAUGUGCUUCCGACCGCACUAUCGUUUACGACUGCGUCACGGACAUGCAUUUGAACCGUGGUAAGGGUUCGGUGUUCGGUGACCUUUGCAGCGUGGCGUGGUCAGCGGACUCGCUCGCAGUCCUCGACAAAAGUGGCUGGAUGCUCAUUUAUCAUCUAAAACAGAUUAUGUACGUCGAGGAUGGGGAUAGAGAAAUAGCCAUACCAUCCAUCUCCUUCCGGGCGCAUACCGCCGCCACCGAGUCCACCUGGCUCUCGGAUACGUAUGUCGCCACAAUCGGCAACGGUGUGUUGCAUGACAUGGUAACUCCCGAUGUCAGAGUUAUUGAUACGAGGGAUGGUGAUGUGGGAUGCCAAAAUACUAGUUCGCUAUCCAAUGUUUCAAGUCCGAUCAUAAUCGAUAAUACAGAAACUUCAUCUCCAGGAAGCCACCCGGAUCACAUUUUACGCUGCGUGACAGACAUGCACAUCCCUUGUUUGUGUAUUUGGGACCUUGUAGACUUCAACAAAAACAAUUCGCCCAAACUCAAGGUGGUUAUCGCAAACAGCACCAACGUACCGCACUCGAUCUUUCAUAAAAAGAAACACGCCUCCUCUGCCGUACGUUUCACAUGUGUGUUGCCCAUUCCGGCGAUGAGAUUGGAUUCGCGAAAUUCAAACGGGCUAGAAUACGACAUGGUCGUUUUUGAUUCGAUGGGCGAUAUGAUGCUCUUCAGCGCGGCCACCAGCGAAAUCACAGUGACCUGCCAUGUACAUUCCUGCGCCGUCGUAAAGUGUUUUUAUGUCGGUGGAAACAUCGUCACCGUUACGCAGGAUGGCGCAGUGGCAAUGUUCAGGCUCAACGGCAUCUUUUCUGAACCUACACGAAUAUUUGAAGGCGUCGCACAGCCACGGGCGAACUCGGCAGACACAACAACAAGUGACGGUUUCGUUACGAGCAUUAGCGAGUACCUAGGUAUCAAGUUUGUGGAGUCGCCGUCAAGAGAGGCGUGCACCAACAAGGCUACGUUGCUUCCAGAAAUCAUCGACGCCCAGAUCAUUCAAAACAGAUUCUUGGUACUCACCACUGCUGACGGCAAUGCCACAGUGACAGAGUUGCCGUGUUAA